AUGGAGCGGAGGACUGCCCUCAUCGCCCUUGAGAUUCAGAAGCUCGGCCUGGACAUUGUUGCCCUCUCCGAGACCCGUCUCCCUGGUGCCGGGCAGAUCGAGGAGCCUCGGCACGGCUACACCUUCUUCUGGAGUGGACGAGCUGUGGAGGAGAGAAGAAUUCACGGUGUAGGGUUCUGCAUUAAGUCACAUCUGGUUAGGGAUCACAACAUCAUCCCCGUAAGAACUUCUGAGAGACUCAUGUCCAUCACUCUACCUCUAUGUCAAUCCCAAUCCCUUGUGAUCAUCAGCGCCUAUGCACCUACCCUGGACGCCUCGGAGGAGGCGAAGGAGUCCUUCUAUGCCGCGCUGCGUGGCCUGAUCCUCCGCGUCAACCCCCGGGAUAAGCUCUUGGUUCUGGGGGAUUUCAAGGCGCGGGUGGGCCGGGACCAUCAGCUUUGGGGAGGGAUUCUGGGGAAGGAAGGCGUUGGCAACUGCAACGAAAAUGGAGAACUACUCCUUGGUCUCUGCGCAGAGACGGAAAUGGUAAUAACCAACACACUGUUUCGGAUGGCCAACAAGCACAAGACCACCUGGCAACAUCCAAGAUCCGGCCACUGGCACCUGUUC